UGUUCCGUCCCCCAGGACGAUGGUUUGCCUUACCUAUUGGUCGUUUGUUUGUUUUCCCUCCUUUACAUUUUGUUUGAGCCUCUGGCUGCAAAAGCCUAGGAAAAAUGGCUUGGAAUCUGCAAGAGCUGGCUGCAGUUUUCUUUGCAGUGAUUGGUCAAAGAAUGCAACAUCUUAGGACCGCCCUUUUUACCAGGGUCUAGUCUCCAUUUUGGAGCUUCAUUCUGGCUAUAGUCUUCCAACGUGCUGGAGCUGUGCAAGGCUAACUGGGACAAAUCAUCCUCAAAACCAGGCCAAUCUAAGCCUAUCCAAAUUAGAUAAGUAUUGAAUUAUAUUGAUCUGGAAUAGGAAAUCUAGUUAUAGGAGCAGGGUUAUUCUGUCGCUUCUAGAACUAAUCUUUGCUGUAAAGAUAGGGAAGGAAAGAGUUUCUCCUUCUAAUAUAGGCAGCGUGAUUAGGGUAUAGUGGUUUUAUAAUCACCUUUGCUUUCUGGAACCAGGGAUAGUUCUGUACCUAAAACCUAUAGAAAUUUGUUUCAUUUUCUGCAACUUUAAGAUCUGUGCCAGGUUUACAACCUUGUAUGAAUAAACAUCCUUUUUUGAAGUUAUCCAGACUCAGUCGUUCAAUAUCUAUAGGACAGCUUAUAGGGAUUUGCAGUUCGCCCGGAUAAAGGACAGCACGUUUCAGUUUUAUAGUUUUUUAUUGUCCGGCGGACGGCACAGUUUUGAGGUCGAUCAGCGGUUUUUCCGCUUCAGCUAGCUUGCACGGCUUUAUAGUUUUUUAUAGUUUAGGAAGUUUUAGUAUAGGCUGCGGCUUUUCCGCCUGAGCUCAGUCUGCAUACCUAAAGACUCUACCAGCGUCUGAGGCAGUGGAGCCCGCUCUCAGACCUGAAGGAGUCAAAUAGUGGGGCUCUAUUUCCUUGCUAUUUGGCUCGCGUGUGCGCACGUGGCCCAGUGGCUUUCUGGGUUUGCACAGGCUGUGCAGUUCCCAGCAACGUCCAGGGCUCCCUCGGCGGUAGACCUCGAGCCGCGGAGCACCAGCGACAGUUAUUUGGCUGGCUCUGAGGCGUGAAGCCCACCAGAACCAGGCUAGAACCUGGACAGGCCUGGCAACGCUGCUGCGAGUUCGGCCGGAGCACUCGGCCGGCUUCGACCUGCCUCAUGGUCCGGCGGUGGUGACCUGCCUCAUCGUCCUGCGGUGGUGACCUGCCUCAUGGUCCGGCGGUGGUGACCUGCCUCAUCGUCCUGCGGUGGUGACCUGCCUCAUCGUCCUGCGGUGGUGACCUGCCUCAUUGACCUGCGGCGGUGACCUGCCUCAUCGUCCUGCGGUGGUGACCUGCUUCAUCGACCUGCGGUGGUGACCUCCCUUCACAGCGGGGAGGAGGCGUCUCUUCUCUCCUCCUUUCCAAAGCCAGCCUCGGUGCUCCUUCGGCGGCAGGCCUCGAGCCGCAGAGCACGAGGUGCUUGAAAAUUUGGCGAAGUCGCCAUUUUGGCAGUUUACGUCACUCGGGCAAGGGAGGUAACAAGUGGCAAGUUGCUGUCAGUUGGCAUUUUGCAACUUGCCCACCAAAAUCUGGCGCCAAAGGUCACAAUCUUUGUAAAGUAUAGUUACUUAGUGAUAUAUAUUGCUAUGGUUAAGUGCUGUGAAUUGUAUUAUAUAUUGAAUUUGCUUUUAUUGUAAAUUUACUUGCAGGUAUAUUGCAUUUGCCUUUGUUGUAAAUUUACUUGCUAUUAAGAAUAUAUAAUGUCUAUGCAAUUUCAAGAUGAUACAGAUGGUAUACCUCCUUCUGAGGCUGAAAGUAGGAAUGAAAGGCCCCAAAGGAUAAAGCACCCUUCAGCCAAGAUGCUAGCCCAUCUAAUAGACGAAAAGGAGCUCCUCCAUGUGAGGUUAGGUUCGGCAUGGGAGCGCAUCACAACAUUAAUGGACAGAAUUGAGAGCUUGGGUAUUACAAGGGUGCCAUCCAUAUUACAGACAGACCUUGAAGAGACCUUCGGUAUUUGGAGGGGUUUGGUGUCUAAGAUAGUCCAGGUCCUCGAGCGCAUUAACGCCAAGGAUUCAGAGUUAGAAAUAGUGAGUGUCUUAGCUGACACUAAUGAGAAAGAAAAUAAGGUGAGGGCAAUUCUAGAUGCCUUGGAAUUUAGUUCUCCAUCUGUUAAUCUAAGGUCUGAGCCAAAAGGAAAUCAGUCUUCCUUAAGCAGCCAUGAGACCAAUCUUUUAAAAUCACCUGCUGUGGCACUUAGUCUUAAGUCCAACCGCUUUAGCCAGGUAUCUAAACUAAGGGAGUGUGCAUCAUCUAAACAUAGCCACUCUAGCAAGUCUUCUGCUGCUGGGAGUGCCAUCUCUUCCCUAGCUGCCUUGCACAUUAAGGAGGCUGCACGUCUAGAGCUAAAGAGCAAGGUAGCGGGGGCGGAGGCUGAUGCUAAGGCAGCUGAUCUCACCCUUCCCUUUAAAGAAGAAGAGCAACGACUGCAAAUAGAACAGGCCCGUAGACAAAGCGAAAUGCAAAUGGAUCAGGCCCAAAGGCAAGGUGAAAUAGAAAUGCUUAGAAUAAGGAUGGAUGCUACUGCCAAAAAGGUAAGGGCUGAGACUUUGGCCAAGGCCCUAAUUGAGCCACUCACAGAAGAAAAUGUAAGUCAGUUGCCGAAGCAGGACCCUUCUUCCAAGGUGCUUGUGCAUCUUAAUAGCUUAAACAGCCAGUUUUCGGAUGAGGAACAGGAAGACUUCUCUCCUUACCCAGAGCAGGGCCCCAAAGUCACUUUUGAGUUUCCUGCAGAGCAGAGCGUCAUAGCGGGGAGCUCACCCUUGCUCGAGCUACCUGUGCCUCCUGCUAAAUCCCUAGGUCAGUCAAUCAGGGCCUCAAGGCCGAGUGCUAGUUGGCCCUUACAGACAGCUGCACAGGGAGCCACCGAUUCGUCAGUGGUCGAUGUCAUCCCUCCAAGAGGCCAAAGGUUGACGCAAGGUGCACGGUGGGAGUCCACUCCACAACAGCAAACUCCUCAAUUGUUCCCUUCGACGCCAGAGUCCCAGCUUGUCUCCAUCAUCAGAAGCCCCAGAAGAGAUCUUAAGGACAAGGGUGUCGAAAAGUUUUCGGACAAGCCUGAGGAAUUUCUUCUCUGGAAGGCCACCUUCCAGAGAGCAAUCAGAGACUUAAAGUUAUUGCCUGAGGAAGAACUGACUCUUCUGGCUGCAUGGUUGGGCCCAGCCUCAUCCUCACAAGUUAAGAAGAUCUACGCAGCCCACGUAGCCGAUCCCGACAAAGCCCUGGAAAAGGCCUGGGCCAGGUUGCAGCAGAGGUAUGGGGCCAGCACAGAGAUUGAAGCAUCUCUUAUGGACAAGCUCCAAAGGUUCCCAGCUUUAAAACUCAAAGACUUCAAACUCUUGUGGGACCUUAGCGAUCUCCUUACGGAAUUAGAGUCGGCCAAGGAGAAUCCAGAACUGCCCGGUUUGAAGUGCCUCGAUCAGCACCUGUCCCAGAGGCAGAUCUUGACCAAGCUGCCCUUCACUUUGCAAGAACGCUGGGGACAGGAGGUCUUCAACUACAAGGAGGCCCACUCCCAGGCAUACCCUCCAUUUUCUCAUUUGGUCCAGUUCAUCACCAGGGCGGCCAGAGAAAGGAAUGAUCCGCAGACGGGCCUCCCCACCUUAUACCAAGGGACCCAGCCAGAGAAGGCACCUAAAGUGGAGAAAAAACCAUCCAGAGAGGCCAAAAGACCGGUUAGUGUUAAGGCUGUUGAAACUCAGCACAGGGCCAAUGAACCCAGGUCGGAGGUAAAAGAGUUGCUUUGCCCUAUCCACCAAAAGCCUCACAGCUUGGCCAACUGCAGGGAGUUUAGUAGAAAGUCAUACAAAGAAAGGCAACAGCUAGUUCAAAAGCAGGGAAUCUGCUUUAGAUGCUGUGGAGCAACUCCACACUUUGCGUCCAACUGCAAAGAAAACGUCAAGUGUGAGAAAUGCAACAGCCUCAAGCAUUGCACCGCAAUGCACAACUCCAGUGUCAUCUCCCACCCCAAAGGGAACGUUUCACCAAAAGAAAAGUCAGCAGUCGAAGACACCGACAAGCCAGUCGUACCAGAGAUGCAGGUGGAGGUUUCAGCAGUCGCCUGUACAGAGCUGUGUUCUGACUCGCACCAGUACAGAGUUUGUCAUCCUAUCUGCCUAGCGGAUGUAUAUCCAGCCAAGAGCCCUUGGCUUAGAAAGAGACUCUAUGUGGCCCUGGAUUCACAGAGCGACGCCUCCCUGGCUACUCCAGAGUUCUUCCGCAUGUUUGACCUUAAAGCCAAGAUGGUCGACUACACUAUGACUACGUGUGCAGGAAAAAAGAAGUUGCAGGGUCGCAUAGCAUCCGGCUUUGUUGUCUCCUCUUGUGACCAGAAGAGACUGUUCGAGUUACCAGACCUCAUUGAGUGUUCCUCUAUCCCUCGGAACAAAAAACAAAUUGUAACUAGAGAAGUUGUGGAGGCUCAUCCACAUUUGCGACGAUUAAAGAAUGCCAUACCUGCUUUCCGUCCAGAUGUGGACAUUGCCCUUCUGCUUGGUGCGGACUGUCCGAACUUGUUCUAUGUGAACGACCAAGUUAAGGGACCUCCAGGGGCGCCCAUUGCUCAGCUGCUACCACUAGGCUGGACAGUUACAGGCCCAGUGUGCAUAAACAAGAUGCACCCACCAUCGUCGUUGGACUCCAAUCAAGCACAGGUGCUUAAAGGUGGACGUCCUACACUUGUGCGCAGUUGCCUAAGUCACAUCUCAGUCUACUGCCAAGCAAUAACUCCAGAGUAUUCCUCCAUUUUCAAAGUCUCUGAGAGAGACGAAGCCACAGCGCUCUCGAAAGAUGAGCAAAGGUUUUCGGACAUUAUGAAUGCUCAAGUCUCACGAAGUGCAGAGGUGAAAGCCUGCAAAUCAACCACAGAAAUCAAGAUGGGCCAAAGAUCUUGCCUGGAACCACACCGUUUUGAACGUUUUUCAGAGUGGCACAGUCUUCUUAGAGCAGUUGCUAGGCUUAUACAUCGUUUAGCUUGCAAAGAUAGUGAGCCUUUACAGGUCCAGGAUAUGAUAAAGGCUAAGAGCGUCAUAUUCAAGUCAGUACAGAGAUCUGCUUUCAAGCAGGAAAUAGCUAGGCUAGAGCAAGGGCUCAACAUCCCUAAUCAAAGUCUUCUAAAUGAGUUAAACCCAUUUCUAGACAAGGAGGGUAUUUUGAGAGUUGGAGGAAGGUUAGCCAAAGCUAAACUCAAGGCGUGCAUAAAAAACCCCAUCAUCAUACCCCCUAAUAGUCACACUGCAUUGCUGCUCGUUCGGCAUCACCAUGAAAGGAUCCAUCAUCAGGGUAGAACUCUAACUGAGGCAGCCCUUAGAAAUGAAGGUCUGUGGGUAGUUAAUGCCAAAAGGUUGGUCAACAGUUGUAUUUUCAAAUGUGUUAAAUGCAGGCGCCUUAGGCGAAACUGUCAAAGUCAGUUGAUGGCAGAACUACCUCAGGAUAGGACUUUGACAGACCCACCCUUUUCCCAUGUGGGAAUCGAUGUGUUUGGUCCUUGGGAGGUUGUCACUAGGAAAACCAGGGGUGGUGUUGUAAAUAACAAGAGGUGGGCAGUUUUGUUUACUUGUUUAGUAAUACGAGCUGUCCAUAUAGAAGUCAUAGAAGGGAUGGACACUUCAUCAUUUUUAAACGCAUUAAAAAGGUUCAUAGCCCUCAGAGGGCCAAUUAAGUCAAUUCGGUCGGACUGUGGCACCAAUUUUGUAGGUGCGACCAAAGAACUCAAUUGUGUGUCUAGGUUUGGGAGAGACCCAAAGGUUCAGAACUUUACGAAUACUGAACAAAUUAUGUGGACUUUCAAUGUUCCUCACGCCUCCCAUAUGGGUGGUGUUUGGGAGAGGAUGAUUGGUAUUAGUCGCAAAAUCCUUAAUGCCAUGUUUUUGAGUCAUAGGUCAUUGACGCAUGAUGUUUUGGUGACACUUAUGGCGGAAGUUACCGCAAUUAUCAACAACCGGCCGCUGGUUCCCCUUACCAGUGACCCUGAGAACUUACAACCACUGACUCCUGCACUUAUUUUGACACAAAAGGUGCCAGGAUGGAAGGACGUCAUGUUGCCAGUUCCGGACGGAACUCACCGUGCCCUGUGGAAACAGGUGCAGUCCUUGGCCAACCACUUUUGGAAAAGGUGGAAAGCCGAGUACUUAAGCCAGCUUCAAGCUAGAAGAAUCUGGCAAAGCCCACAGGACAACAUUGAGGUUAACAACGUUGUGUUGUUAAAGGACAAAGACUUGCCCCGCCAUGCAUGGCCCAUGGGCAUUGUAUUAAAGACCUUUCCUUGCCCGGACGGUAAGGUCAGGAAAGUUCAAUUAAAGACUUGCAACAGAGGCAAAGUGUCCAUUUUGGACAGACCAAUUAGUGACCUCGUGUUGCUUAUUGGAGAUGUUUAAAGUUCUAGUGUUUGUAUUGUUGUGUAUACAAAGGUGUUUGUAUGUUUUUGAUUGGUAAAUUCCCAUAUCCUGGGAAUUUAGCGGGGAGUGUUCCGUCCCCCAGGACGAUGGUUUGCCUUACCUAUUGGUCGUUUGUUUGUUUUCCCUCCUUUACAUUUUGUUUGAGCCUCUGGCUGCAAAAGCCUAGGAAAAAUGGCUUGGAAUCUGCAAGAGCUGGCUGCAGUUUUCUUUGCAGUGAUUGGUCAAAGAAUGCAACAUCUUAGGACCGCCCUUUUUACCAGGGUCUAGUCUCCAUUUUGGAGCUUCAUUCUGGCUAUAGUCUUCCAACGUGCUGGAGCUGUGCAAGGCUAACUGGGACAAAUCAUCCUCAAAACCAGGCCAAUCUAAGCCUAUCCAAAUUAGAUAAGUAUUGAAUUAUAUUGAUCUGGAAUAGGAAAUCUAGUUAUAGGAGCAGGGUUAUUCUGUCGCUUCUAGAACUAAUCUUUGCUGUAAAGAUAGGGAAGGAAAGAGUUUCUCCUUCUAAUAUAGGCAGCGUGAUUAGGGUAUAGUGGUUUUAUAAUCACCUUUGCUUUCUGGAACCAGGGAUAGUUCUGUACCUAAAACCUAUAGAAAUUUGUUUCAUUUUCUGCAACUUUAAGAUCUGUGCCAGGUUUACAACCUUGUAUGAAUAAACAUCCUUUUUUGAAGUUA